AUGGCGACUCCGAGUAAGACCCCCCCCGGAGUCGACCCGAAGCAGCUGGAGAGGACCGGGAUGGUCCGAGAGAUCGGAUCCUAGGCGGUGUGGUCCCUGUCCUCCUGUAAACCUGGGUUUGGAGUGGAUCAGCUGAGAGACGAUAACCUGGAGACGUACUGGCAGUCGGACGGCUCUCAGCCUCACCUGGUCAACAUCCAGUUCAGGAGGAGAACGACGGUGAAGCUGCUGUGUAUCUAUGCAGAUUAUAAAUCAGACGAGAGCUACACCCCCAGUAAGAUCUCCGUCAGAGUGGGAAACAACUUCCACAACCUGCAGGAGAUCCGGCAGUUAGAGAUGGUGGAGCCCAGCGGCUGGAUCCACAUCACGCUGAUGAACCAGUAAUUAGGAUGUAUGUCAGACAGACGGACGGACGGACGGACGGACGGACGGACGGAAGGAAGGAAGGAAGGAAGGAAGGAAGACCACUGAGCUAUAUUACUGCAACCUGUUGGUGAUGCAUUCAUGUGGAGUUACUGGAUCACAUGACCAGGACCAAACUCAAAAAGACAACCAAGGACCAAGAAUAUUUAUCUGUUUUGUUUUUGCAUUGUAUUUGUUCAUUUUUAAUUUAAAAAAUCUGAAUUUUACAUAAACAAGUUUUUAAUCCCAACAUGAAUUUCAAUUACAUUUUCCUCAAUUUAUUUUUGUAGUUUUAGUAAAACAUUAUUAUAUUAUUACUUUAUUUUCUAACCAUUUUAUAGUAUUUAUUUUUUCUUAUUUUAAUUAUUGAAAUUUUCUAAAUAUACUUUUUUAUUUUAGUAUUUUAAUAAUUUGACACUUGAAUCUGUUUUUAUUUUAUUGUAUUAUUCUUAUAUUCAUUUUAUUUAUUGUCUCAGUUUUUUUCACUUCCUUCGGAGGUGUGGGGGGCGUCCCUUUAAGGCUGGCCAGCCCGGUAGCCCCUCAUCACUGACAGGGGCGGUCCAUCUGAGGUGCAAAAAACACACGAUAUUGCGCAAUAAAAUGAGUUGCAAUCCAUAGGCGAGUGCAAUUGACAAAAAGGGGAGACAUGAGGCAAACGGUUCUGGGAAAAAAGUCAGAAUUCCGAGUUUGAAGUCAAAACAUUUCACACCCAAAAUGUGUCAUUAAAAAUAUGUUUAUUUAU